GCUCGAGGAGGAAAAGAGCCGCGCGCGCAUCGCUGCAGUUCAGACGCUCGAGCGGCGAAAAAAAAAAACCUCGUCCGUGUGUGUUUUUUUUUUUUUCUGCGCCACCUCAAAAAACAGAAGACUCACCUGCUGCGUGGAUUACCGAGCGGAGACAGAUAAGUAAGGAAACAAUCAACCUGUUCGAUAAAAAAAAAAAAAAAAAUCGAUCUGCGCCGAAGUGCAGUUUUAAAAUAUUUACCACAGGCUGUAAUAAGACUUUCGAGUUGUUCGUAAAUAUUCUGGAUAAUUUUUUUCGGUCUUUAAGAGGAGACACGUUUUUUGUUCCUUGUUAUUUAUUUUUUUAUACCUCCAGGACCUUGUGUUGAUGAAUGCGUGACGUGGAAGUAAACUCUGCAUUAUCCUCGGAUGAAAAAGCUCAGAGACGCACAGUUUGGGGGAACUCAUCAGAAUUAACCGCACCGGGAUGUAGUUUUAUUUUCUUUCUCUUUUUUUCCCCUUUCCUGUCGGACCGGAGGGUGAGCGGGAGGGGGGGAACGGGGGGGUCCGGAACCUGGAGAGAAUGAACUUUAGUCGGCUCACUUUCUGCGCCGUGAAGACGCACCGAGCCAUGGGUUGAAAGCGACGAUGAUAGACUGCGGGGACGUUCAACGUGGGAGGGUGCAGAAUUUUCUGUGUUAUGUAAUGAUUGACAGCGCCUGAUAGUUAGUGGGAGAUCACAUACAGCGUCACCCCCCCGUCACCCCCUUUGUCCCCCCCUUCCCCCCUUUUAUGUCGAGGAGAUGGUCUUUGAUUCCCUGCGGCUCUUGAGGCAUGUCCACAGGUCAGAGCACUCACUGGUUUUCUGUUGAUUCUCCUGUGUGUUUAUGAUUAAAGCAAGCUUGAGGUCCAUUAUUGAGCUUUAAUCAGCCUCAUUUUAGACAAUACUUACCUCUGUCACCCUCCAGUCUCAGUCUGCUUUUAAGUAUUUUUUGAUUUUUAUGAGUUAGUGUUCAUCAUGACGCCCCUGAGUCUUGACCCGAUUGAUCUGGAGUCCUCCAAAAUGACUCUGACUUCAGGAAAGCAGACAAUCGGCGGCUUCUUUUUGAGUUUUGAACUCUUUUCUCAGCACUGCGACGUUUUCAAAGGCUUCUAAGAUGCUAUAAUGCUCAUUUCCGCCCUCACAUUUGGGGAUAUGUAGUCGUUCUGAACUUCAACCCUUUUAUAACUUGCCGACUUCCUGUUUCUGAAGAUCUGAAGACAUUAGUUAACCUUCACUAGGGCCCUCGUCGGUCCCUCCCUCCCCCCCACUCAUCAGGGCUGGUGGGGGGGGUGGAUCUCGGCCCCGCGGGGGGGGGUCGAAACUGUGGUGGUGGCCGGUGGUGGUUGCACCCCUAGAGGCCCACCAUGGAGACCAGCCCAGAGAGCCCCAACCGGGCUGUGGAAUACCUCCUGGAGCUCAACAACAUCAUCGAGAGCCAGGCCAAGCUCCUGGAGACCCAGAGGCGGCGCAUCGAGGAGCUCGAGGGCCAGCUGGACCGGGUCAGCCAGGAGAACCAGGACCUGAGGCAGGAGCGCAGCCCACGGACGCCUGGCUCGGACACCCCUGAGCAGAACCACAACCACAGCCAGCCUCUGUCCCUCCCCAUCCAUCAUGGCGGUGGCAGCAGCGGGAACAGUAGCGCCACGCCGGCUCAGGCCGCAGCCGCAUCGACCGCGACUCCAGGGCCCAGCCGGGAGAGGAGGACCCACACCAGGCUGACCAGAGGUCUCUCCUGCGGCUCCAACACCACGGAGCGAGACCGGCUGGAACGCACCGACAGCACCGACACCAACACCAGCGCCACCAUUCGCAGAAAUGUGGAAGGGGACUCCCAGUGUCCAGAGACAGGCACCCACAAAGACAGCCCAUUCGGCCAGACGCCUUACCUGCGUGGCUCCGAGCGCUACACUGACAGCAGCAGCAGUGGUGUCGGCGUUGGCGUUGGCGUUGGCGUUGGCGUUGGCGUUGGCGUUGGCGUUGGCGUUGGCGGCGGACCCUCCGGAUCCAGAGACCCUUCGUGCGUGGCUGUCUCCAGUUCUGCCAGCUUGGCCUGGGCACUGCGAACACGCCACCAGCCUGCGAGUCUGGCCCUCCGCAAGCAAGAGGAAGAGGAGAACAAGAGAUGCAAGGCCCUCUCAGACAGCUAUGAACUCUCAACGGAUCUGCAGGAUAAGAAGGUGGAGAUGCUGGAGAGAAAGUACGGUGGCUCUUUCGUAAGUCGCAGAGCAGCUCGGACCAUUCAGACCGCCUUCAGACAGUAUCGCAUGAACAAGAACUUCGAGCGCCUCAGAAGCUCCGCCUCAGAGAGCCGCAUGACACGCCGCAUCAUCCUGUCCAACAUGAGACUGCAGUAUUCUUUUGACGAGCGACAGCCGCAGCAGCAGGCCCAGACGCAGACCAACUUCACCCACAGUGUGGCCAUAGGGCCGCCUCAUUCCCCCGACCCAGACCGCCCAGGAGCCUACACCCAUUUAGAGGACUCCUUCUCCAAACAGGUCAAGUCCUUAGCUGACUCCAUAGACGAUGCCCUCACCUGCCGCGCGGGUCGCGAUGACUCCCAGGAGGGCAGCAGGGAGGGUGGAGGGAUCAGUGAGGACUUCGGGGAGUGUGUGUGGAGCAGCAGCAGCAACCCGUCCUCCCAAAGAGGUUUGGGAGAACGAGCCAGGGGUGCUGGAGGAGGACUCAGUAUGCAUGGUGACAGCACCGCCACAUCAUACAGUGACGUCACCCUUUACAUGGAUGAUGGCAUGCCGUCAUCGCCGCUGUCCCUGGAUCGGGCGCCCAGCAGCACAGAUACGGAGUACUGGGGCCCCGGCGGUGGUGUCGGAGGGCGUGAGGACAGCAGGGACACUGAGGGAGGGGGCAGCAGUAACAGUCGCCGCAGCACGCCGUGUACUGAGUGCAGGGACUAUCGUCUAAGGGGCGCACAUCUGCCCCUCCUCACUAUUGAGCCGCCCAGUGACAGUUCAGUGGACAUGAGUGACCGAUCGGAUCGAGGCUCUCUCAGCAGACAGCUGGUCUACGAGCAGGAGUCCGGCGGAGGGGCUGGAUCCCCUCAGGGAACCCUAAAACACUCCCCCAACACAGGCGCCCGCACCUCCUCCACGGCAGCAGCUCAGGGUCAGACCCGGGCGCCUGGCAGACCCAUACCCACGCACAUCCCUCACCAGGUGGCCGCACAUCACCACCAUCACCACCACCCCAUCCACCACCAUCAGUACCCUGACACGCCCUCAUCAUCCUCCUCCCCCCAGCAGCCCCCCACCACCCCUCUGUCCUCCUCCUCCUCCACAGCUCUGCCCCCCGGUGGCCUGGAGCAGCCGUGCUGCUCGGACGGAGACAACGACUCGCUCAACUCCACCACCAACUCCAACGAGACAGUCAACUGCAGCUCCGGCUCCUCGUCUCAGGACAGCCUUCGGGAGCCUCUGCCACCUCUGGGAAAGCAGACCUACCAGAGAGAGAGCCGCCACAGCUGGGACUCCCCUCCCUUCAACAGUGAUGUGGUGCAGAGACGCCAGUACCGCAUAGGCCUCAACCUGUUCAACAAGAAGCCAGAGAAAGGGAUCCAGUACCUGAUCGAGAGAGGUUUUGUGUCAGACACUCCAGUUGGGAUCGCUCGCUUCAUCCUGGAGAGGAAAGGCCUCAGCAGGCAGAUGAUUGGUGAAUUUCUGGGAAACCGACAGAAACAGUUCAACAAGGAUGUUUUAGACUGUGUGGUGGAUGAGAUGGACUUCUCAGGGAUGGACCUGGAUGAUGCUCUCAGGAAGUUCCAGGCUCAGAUUAAAGUUCAAGGAGAAGCCCAGAAAGUGGAGAGGCUGAUCGAGGCUUUUAGUCAGAGAUACUGUGUGUGUAAUCCGACCCUGGUUCGGCAGUUCCAGAACCCGGACACCAUCUUCAUCUUGGCCUUCGCCAUCAUCCUCCUCAACACGGAUAUGUACAGUCCCAACGUCAAGGCUGAGAGGAAGAUGAAACUCGAGGAUUUCAUCAAGAAUUUGAGAGGCGUAGACAAUGGUCAGGAUAUACCCAGGGACCUGCUGGUUGGGAUCUACCAGCGGAUACAGAAAUGGGAGCUACGGACAAACGAUGACCAUGUGUCCCAAGUGCAGGCGGUGGAGAGAGUCAUCGUCGGCAAGAAGCCGGUGUUGUCCCUUCCACAUCGUAGGCUGGUGUGUUGCUGCCAGCUCUACGAGGUUCCUGACCCCAACAGACCCCAGAGGACAGGAGUUCACCAACGAGAGGUCUUCCUUUUUAACGACCUUCUGGUGGUGACCAAAAUCUUCCAGAAGAAGAAAACCUCAGUGACUUACAGUUUCAGACAAUCUUUCCCUUUGGUUGAGAUGCAAGUGCACAUGUUCCAAAACUCAUACUACCCUCACGGUAUCCGCCUGACCUCAGCAGUCCUGGGAGGAGAGAGGAAGGUUCUUAUUGUCUUUAUGGCACCCAGUCAACAAGACCGCACCCGCUUUGUGAGCGACCUCAGGGAGAGUGUUGCUGAAGUGCAAGAGAUGGAGAAAUAUAGAGUCGAAUCUGAGUUGGAGAAACAGAAAGGUGUGAUGCGACCCAGCUUGCUCACCGGAGGCGUGGUAGGAGGAGGUGUAGGUGUGAAGAGCGAUGUUGUGAACGGUACCCUGGGAAGGACAAGUUUUGAUGACAACUGCUCAGUGGGUGAGGGUCUCAAACGCACCGCGCUCAGCUCAUCUCUCAGGGACCUGUCGGACGCAGGGAAACGUGGUCGCAGGAACAGUGUUGGUUCUCUGGACAGUACGAUGGAAGGCUCCAUCAUUAGCAGCCCACAGCCUCACCAGCGCUACCCAGUGCCAGGCGUGGUGCCUGGCUGCUACGGAACAGAAGACUUCCGGCCUCACCGCCCCAUCCUGAGCCCCGGAACGGGGGUGGGGGGUGGGCCGGGGCAGCAACAUACCACUGCUGGGACAGGAGUUGGGGGAGUCUCCAGCAGUGUAGAGAGACCAGGAGCGGGGAGCGGACCUGGGGGGAGCAGCAGCAACAACAGCGGCUCCUUCCUGGGAUCCCUAUUCGGCAGCAAACGCGCCAAACCACCAGGGCCCCUUAUUCCACCGGGGCCACCCUUCCCCGCGCCUGUCCCCCCACCGACUACGGGAGGGCCCCCUCCUCACUCCCCUUCAUCGCUGUGCCAGAUGGACGGGGGGCCUUCCAAGAUCCAGGCACUGCACGCACAGUACUGUCACGCGGGCCCCGUGCAGCCCCCACCACCUUACUACCAUCACCAUCGCUACCACGUCCAAACUGUCCCUCCUCCUUUGCAAAGUAUGCCACCUCAUACUAUACAGAGAGGCCCGCUACCCUGUCGGCCACCGCUUGGCCCCCCACACGCCCCGCACCCGCAGCUGGCCCAUCUCUCCCAGCUCUCCCAGCAUGGGCUUCCGGGUCGCUACGCCAACAUGGUGGUGGGAUGUCCCCCCCCCCUUUCUCCUCUCUCCCAACACUCCCAGACCCCACAGUUCGCCCUCUACCACGUGCAGCCCACACACUCUAUCAGAGGGGGCGGCGUCCCUGGUACCAAACUACCCCUAACCCUGUCACACUCCCACCCGCACCCCCACGCACACUCCCAAACCCACCCCGGACACGUGCACACGCCACAUCCAGCCAGCCAAUCUACCCACCACACACACUUCAUAUUCGGCACUCUGCCGCACAAUCUACCCUCCGCGUCCAUCAAUGCACAUCACGCAGCCACCGCCGCCCCGUAUCUGCCCCAGUACCCUCCUCUCUCUUCCAUCCCCCCUCCCCCACCACACUCCCCUUUACCCCCCCCUUCGUCCCCCCUUACCCCUCUUACACCUCUCUCCCCUCACCCCCCCCAGCACCCCGGGCAGCCUCAGCAGGGGCCGCAGGUGACGGGGGCUGGUGCGACAGGUACAGGGGGCAGCUCCAAAUCCAAGCCUAUCAACCGGAUAAGUACCGUGGUGUGAGCAGGAUGUGGGGCCCCAGGGGUCAGAGGUCAGAUUAUAGAGUGGAGGAGGUUGGCAGAACCAGGGCUAGGACCAAGUCUGCCAGGACCGAAAGUAACAGCAGCAGCGCUAGUGACAAGAGGAAACGCAGUUUGCUUCGUCUGUGUUACUUUCACCUCCGAUUCCCGCACAUGUAGGUGGAGAUACGAAGCACAGCUGGAGCUCGAUAGCGUGUGCACACGUCUUUGAAACCUGCACACACAUACACACACACACACACAUCUGCACAAAAACACGCCACACAUUUGCACACACUAUAUCAGAAAAGUCUAUAGCCAUAUAAUUUAAGAUGAAACUAAAUCUAUAUCUAGGUAUAUUGCCUCAGUUUUAAUCGUUUGAAGUCUAGUCGAGUCUGUUUGAGACUAUUUACAUGUACAGUACCGAGAUGUGAUAAUGUGACACUGGAAAAACGAAGACCAUAUAUAUCCAGCUGCUUACAUGGGGAUGUAAAUAAAGACUAAACCACCAAAUGCAUUCCAACGGAGUUUGGCAUUAGAAACAGCAGAGAGUUGCAAAAAAAAUGUCCCUUGACUUUGCAAUAAUUUACUUCGCUUCAUGAUGUCCCCCCCCCCCCCACGCCCCGUCCAUUCCUGCAGGUUUCCGCUUUACUGGCAGGCAUCUUUUUUUCUAAAGAAGACCUCAGAUAUGUUCGCUUUGUCUUAAAACUUCUAAAAAACCAGUGCACGGUUUCCUGACAGUCUUUUUGCUUAAUGGUCUUUUACAUGUCGACAGGAGUCACCUGGCUCUAUAAUGCAUUCCUCGUUGGGUAUGGGAAUCAAUGAUACAAUCAAUAAUAUAUUUUGAAUGUUUCUGAAGCUUCUUGCUGUUUUAUCGAUAUUAUAAUAUACCUGCUAUGAGUAUGAUGAAUAUUGUCCAAUAAUUGUUUUGAUCAGUGAUUAAUUAUAUCAGCAGAUGUUUGUACAUGGUUAUAGAGAGUAUAUGCACAUAUAAAUUCCCUCAGUCUGCCAUAGCCACUGGAGGGUGUUCUGAUAUGUGAAGUGUGAUUUAUUUCCAUUGUACCAUGGUUUCCACUGAGUUCAUCUUUUUUGAUAAUUAGUAUUAUUGAUUGUUGAAAAUAAUGAAUGGGAUUUAGUUUUGUUCAAAUUGAUUUCUAACACCAACGAUAUAUUUUCCUCCUCUUCUUUGGUUUUUGUUGGAUGUGAGCAAACGGGUGCGCAAUCUCUCCGACGGGGCGACUGACAAAACUUGAACUUCCUGAAUGGAUUUGAGUUAAUUUCUUUUUAAUUCUUUAUUUUAAACAUUUGUGAAGCUCCCAGUGAUGGAAAAACAAACAAACAAAAAAAGGCUGAUGCCAUUCGAUCAUGAUUUUACACGGCACCUGUGCUCACUUCUUCAUCGCAGUCAUCGGAUUUAGUCAUCGUGUGUUUUUCUAUGUUUUGAAGAAGCACGCUUUUACAUGAGUUCUUGUGGUUUUUGCACACGUGAUGUCUUAAGUCAGAAAUGGCCUUCUUCUAAUCCUCCCUCUUCUGCCACUUUGACAAAUCUCUUAUCACAUUUUUUUCUGAUGCCAUGGCAUCCUGCUGAGGGCUUCUUGUUUAAAAAACAAAAAAAACAAGAGUCAAGAAUGUAAAAUAGCCUCCAGGUACAAACUGUAUUUCCCCUUUUAUUUUCUGUGGGCUUCGUGUAAGUGUUGCCCCUUUUUGCUACUGCUAUUUUUUGAGGUUGUAAUUGAGCACUGAGGUGGUUUACCUUUCAGUGCCAUCAAUCACCAAGGGAAAAUAUACAUAUAGUCUGAUUUAGAGAUGGAGAGAAUGAAUCGGUGAGGAUGAAGUAAAACAAAACAAACAAAAAAAAAAAAAACUAAUUUAAAAAAAAAGUCUAUGGAACAAGCUUCUGAAAGAGAUGAUGAAGUUCAAGAAGAUCUGAAUCCUCGAGAAAAAGGAUUUCAUGGAGGUUUGGAGAGAGUCAAGAACGUCAGCUGAAGAUUUUUUAAGUAUGUGUUGGCUAGCCUUUUUUUCUUUUCAUGGUGUCCUUUUUGACUCUUCUUGCAUGAAUAUAUCUGCACUUAUUGAAUAGAUUGUACUGUAUAAACCUGAAUGUACAUAUUAUACUAUACAUAGGCUUCUUAUCAUACAUGGGACGAGCUACUCCCAUUCUGUAUUCAGGUGCGUGCAUGUGAGUGCCACUAAGUAUGUACAUAUAAAAAAAAAAAAGAGUGACGGGUUCAGGAGAUGUUGGCCAAAAAACGGAAUGUUGACUUCUUUUUUCUUUUCCUAUUAUUUCCGACUGAAGGUGAGAGAAUGAGUUACCGUGAUAAAACAUCGAAGCCUAAAAAAAGUUUAUAUGUCAGUGCACUUAUUGAUAAUCAUUUUAAAACAAAUGAUUUCGAAAUUUUUCUUUGUGUAUGUAUUAUGUGUACUGAAAGAAUAGAGAAUUGAGAUGUGAAUAUUUAUUGCUUCUGAUAAAUUAAAGUGUCCUUGCAGUGA